AUGUUAUGGGAGUUAUUGGUGCCGGUGAUGGGUACAAAGAUCAGUACCAAGUGGAAGAGGCGUCAUUUAGGUGCCCCCAUUGGUGCCGCAAACGAGGAUCUCCCAUUGGAGGCGUGGACCGAAGAAGAUGACAAUGCCGGGCCAACGCUGCCAGCAAUCACGGCCUUGGAAGAAGAAGAUGCCGAGACCACUGGUGCUCUCCCUGGCGACUCACAAGAGACCAAUCAGCUGGCCAGUGACUCUCAGAAGCAAGUCGCACUGGUUGCCAAGCCGCUUAUCGCUGGAACGCUCCCUUGGGGUGGUAUUCCAGCAUCAGUACUUAUGCCUGCGAGCACAGAAGUCGGGCCAUCUGCAACAAUUACUGAGAUGGAAGAAGAGGUUGUGGCGCAUGCAAAGGGGGUGGAAAUGGAUGCGGAGCAAGAAGAGGCGAAGGAGGCGGAGGCGGUAGAGAAGGCGGUGAUGGCAGAUGUCACUGAGAAGAAGGAGGAUAAGCCAAAACGUCCCAAGCCGUGCCGGGCUUAUCAGAAGACCGCAACAGCAUUGCCCCCGUCCAAUGCCGAUGAGGUGGAGUUCGUGGAUGGUGUGCCUUCUGGGAAAGCAACGGAUAUGUUGGUGGCUUUUGUGCCUGCAAGUGCGGACCGCCCUGGUUCCCUAACUAGGGGGAACAUGUUGGAGUCCGACACGGUAGAAGCUGUCAUACCUCGGAGGGUCAUGGAGAAACCCAUCACCCCCGUGAAUACGAUGUCGGGCAAGGGCUUGAAGAACAAGGGGAAGGUCUGGCUCAGUGCCUGGAAUGCACCUGAGCCUACAACCCGAUUGGUGAAGGGCCAUAACCUUAAGGCAAAGCCGACCACCAUUGCGGAAGGCUUCCAACUUCUGCAGAUGUUGUAUGGUACAUGGUGGGAGGUUGCUCUGCUUGAGGACCAGUGCAAUUUGUGCGCAAAGGAGGGCAUGCAUUGCUGGUCCCAGGGAGUGACUCAUUGUUGCAUGCUGUGUCAUCAGCGAUUGAAGGAAUGCUCACUGGCUCCCAGCACUGACAAAUGCAAGGGCUGCGUUGUCAGGAAGAUGAAAAGUUUGGCCGACGUCCUCGGUGAAGACAGGGAGUGGCCUGAGGUCACAAAGCCCGCCAAGUGGGAACAAGUGCAUGUGUUGCUCGAACAAGCCUCUUCCUGGCUUUUUAUGGCUGGCACUCCCAUUAACAAGUGGGCGAUGGAGAUACACCUUAAUCAAGCUGGCCUCACGUUUGUGCUCAACACUGGGCAAGAUGAAAUCUUGUAUGUUCAUCUGCCCCGCAAGGAUAACCAUGCACCCAUGGGCAUGUGGUAUGAGAUGAACCUGUCAGGGCACCAGCUCAUUUCUUGGUCAAGAGACAUGACUAAGCCUUUAUGA